CUUUGCCCAGCGCACAUUGUUCAGCCUCAUCUGAAUGCAAGAGAAAGUGUCACGCUCACUGGAACUCUGUGCAGUGGGGAAACUAAAACUCUUUUGGAUCACUGUCGGCAGCAGUGUUUGGGACGAGUGUUUAAAGGUUUUACUUUUGGACUAUUUGGUUUGAGCCUAGGAGGCCAAAAUGGAAAUGCACAUGACAGAGCCCGCAGGGACGGUGAAGGUCACGGAGUGGCAACAGUCGUAUUAUGGGACAGAUUCAGGCAUCCAGUCAGGAGCAACUACAGUUCGCUCAGACGAUGAUGGAACAGAGUACAGCACCAAGAAAUUCACUUACACCAGCACAUUCACAGAGAACCCUGCAGAGGUGGAAUCUCAGUACACGAUGACCCGUGCCCAGCGUGUGAGGGCUGCCAUGUUUCCAGAGACAGUGGCAGAGGGAACAGCUAUCCUGUCCACACAGAUCAAUCCAUCCCAGCAGACCAACGUACAGAAGCUGGCCGAACCCUCUCAGCAGCUCAAAGCUGCUAUCAUUCACCUUAUCAACUACCAGGAUGACGCCGAGCUUGCCACUCGUGCCAUUCCAGAGCUCACCAAACUCCUCAACGAUGAUGAUCAGGUUGUGGUGAAUAAGGCCGCUAUGAUCGUGAACCAGCUGACCCGUAAGGAGGCAUCACGGCGGGCAAUGAUGCAAUCCCCACAGAUGGUGGCAGCAGUAGUGAGAGCCAUGCAGAACACGUCAGACAUGGAGACGACCCGUGCCACAGCCAGCAUCCUGCACAACCUCUCACACCAUCGCGAGGGACUGCUCGCCAUCUUCAAAUCAGGGGGCAUUCCAGCUCUGGUGCGCAUGCUGAGCUCUCCAAUGGAUUCAGUUCUUUUCUAUGCCAUCACCACCCUGCAUAACCUCCUACUGCACCAGGAGGGAGCCAAGAUGGCAGUGCGUCUGGCUGACGGGUUGCAGAGGAUGGUGCCUCUGCUGAAGAAGAGCAACCCCAAGUUCCUAGCCAUCACCACAGACUGCCUACAGCUACUUUCCUAUGGCAACCAGGAGAGCAAGCUGAUUAUCUUGGCUAAUGGGGGUCCUGAGGGUCUUGUUAGCAUCAUGAGGACCUACAACUAUGAGAAGCUGCUGUGGACCACCAGUCGUGUUCUCAAAGUGCUCUCUGUCUGUCCUAGUAACAAGCCUGCUAUUGUAGAUGCUGGUGGAAUGCAAGCUCUUGGUAAACAUCUGACUGGCUCUAGUCAACGCCUGAUGCAGAACUGCCUGUGGACCUUGAGAAACUUGUCAGACGCUGCAACCAAACAGGAUGGAAUGGAAAAUCUGCUGCAAGUACUGGUCAGUCUGCUGUCCUCAGAUGACAUCAAUAUGCUUACCUGCGCCACAGGCAUCCUGUCCAACCUCACCUGCAAUAACAUGCGCAACAAAACGCAGGUGACCCAGAGUAACGGUGUGGAGGCUCUGAUUCACGCCAUCCUGAGGGCUGGUUCAAAACAGGACGUGGUCGAGCCAGCUGUCUGUGCCCUGCGGCACCUUACCAGCCGACAUCCAGAGGCUGAAACCGCACAGAAUUCUGUACGAAUCCAUUAUGGCAUCCCCGCUAUUGUCAAAUUACUCAAUCAGCCCUACUACUGGCCAGUUGUUAAGGCUGUGGUUGGUCUGAUCCGCAACUUGGCUCUGUGUCAAGCCAAUCAAGCUCAUUUGAGAGAUGCUGAAGCUAUUCACAAACUGGUCAACCUGCUUCUGAAAGCUCACCAGGAUGCACAGAAACAUGGUUCAUCCGCUCAGCAAACAUACCAGGACGGAGUGAGAAUGGAGGAGAUUGUGGAGGGCUGCACUGGAGCUCUGCAUAUUAUGGCCAGAGAUCCUGUGAACAAGGCCACCAUUGCCAACAUGGACACCAUUCCUCUGUUUGUACAGUUGUUGUAUUCUCCACUGGAUAAUGUCAAACGUGUGGCAGCUGGUCUUCUGUGUGAACUGGCUCUUGAUAAACAGUCAGCUGAGAUCAUUGACGCAGAGGGCGCCUGUGCUCCUCUCAUGGAGCUCCUUCACUCCAGCAAUGAAGGGAUCGCCACCUAUGCUGCCGCUGUACUCUUCCGAAUUUCUGAGGACAAAAACCCUGACUAUAAGAAGCGAGUAUCAGUGGAACUCACACACUCGCUCUUCAAACACGACCCUGCUGCAUGGGAGAUGGCACACAACAAUACCAUGAUGGAGCCACUUCCUGGUGACGAUCUUGAUGGCUAUGGUUCAGGAGCAUAUCAAGGAUAUAGUGAUGGCAUGCAUUUGGAAAACAUGCCUCUAGAUCAAGACAUGCAAGAUGAUUAUGGGCCAGGCAUGCCUUAUGAUCCGUCCAGAAACUACCUUGAACCCUACUAACAGCCUGAUGAUGAAUUGAGCUCCACUGGAAGAGGAAUAUGAAAAUACAGAAAAGGAAAAAACUCCUAGUUUUUCAUCGCUGGAUGGCUGUGGUCUAUAUUUCUGUAAACACACACAUACACACUGACACUGCUGUAAUAUAUGCAAUUUUUCCACUGUGCUGGGAGAGGCAGAAUUUAGCUUUACACUAACUAUACAAGGAUGACAGCAUGCUGCAUUUUACACUCUUUUUUUUUUUUUUUGUUUUUUGUAGAAAAUGUUAUAUUUUAGCUUUUAUUAUGGGUGCAUUAAUACAUUGUUGGUAAAAGGACUGGUUAACUAAGCCAAAGAGAUUUUAUUAUAAUAUUUUAUAAUGAUAAUCACAUUGCUUUUUAUAGUUUUAAGAUUUUUAAAAAUGCUAUCAGUGAUAUUGAUUAUUGUGUUCUCACAAUUACUGACUAAAGGUCAGCUUUAUAACUUUGUUCAUAAUGGUUUUAGACAGACAAGGUUGAUCAGAGCCGAUGUGUAAUCAGUUUUAGUGAAUGGAAAUGUCUGCCAUGUUGAUCUCCUACAAGCGCAACAGAACUCAUUAUAGUGAUAUCUUUAAUCUCUGAACAAGAACAAAAAACACAAAAUCCUUGGCAAUAAAUGCAUCUCCAUAGCUCUCCUUUUACAGAGACUUUCAUGAAAGUGUUUUUUCAUGUGUAAGCAUUUUUCAAUCUUUAUAAUCCUAAUAUGACUUUUGUUAUGCCGAAAUUGUCUUAAUAUAGACAAAGGAAUACUGAUUUUAUUUGUCCUGCAAGUAAGCGUAUGAAGUGUUUUUAUUUACUUCAUGAAUAAAUGAUGUGCUGAUUAAAAUGGAUUAACGUGUAACUAAACAAUUAACCCUUAAGAGUCACAAAAUUAGCUUUACAUUUGUGUUAAAAAAUAUUAACUCAAGAGGAAGCAAGCUGAAAAAAGGGAUUUCUAUCUUUGUAGCAUUUUUACUUUACUUUGUCCAACAAAUAAAGUCAUGUUAUCUAA